AUGAGAAGGAAAAUUGCAUCAUUUGAGCAAGAUGCCGAUGAAAGUCUUGGUGAAGCAUGGGAGAGAUUUAAGGAGUUGGUACAAUCAUGUCCCCACCAUGAGUACAAUCAAGGGUUGCUCAUGCGGUUUUUCUACAACGGAUUGGAGCCCAUGUCAAGAGCCAAUUUGAAUGCGGGGGCGGGUGGUCAAUUAAUCAAGAUCCCUCAAAAUCAAGUUGAAGCCACAAUAGAAGAGUUGAACACGAGUGUGAAUGCAAGUUCAAGUGGUGGAGCAAGCUCUUCUCAAGUUAACUCUUUCUCUUGUCAAAAUUGUGGAGGAACAAACCAUGAUACAUCCUAUUGUGGAGGUUUAAGCCCCGAACAUGUAGCGGCAUACAACACAAGGCAAGAGGGAUUUAGAGGAAGCGGCGGUGGAGAAGCUUGGAGACAACCACCACCCAAAUUUGUACCUCAACCUCAACAAUGGAACCAACGAGCUCAACCUUCCUAUAAAUCCAACCCUCAAUAUCAAAAUCCACCUCCAUCUCAACCCCAAAACCCAAGAGGAAGCUAUCGAUGGAACAACCAAUACAACAAUCAAACCCAAGCACCUCAAAGAAAUCAUCAAGAACAAGCACCUCAAGCGGAGCUAACUCAAACUCAACUCCUCCAAGCCAUGCAUGCGCAAAUGCAAUCUUUGGGGCAACAAAUGCAAGAGAUAAGAGCUCACAACAAGAUGGUUGAUUCACAACUAGCUCAAUUGGCCGAGAGAACUCCUUUCAAUUCACCAUCCACUCUACCCGGAGAACCACAACCUAACCCAUCUCACAAUCCGAAACCCGAUACAUGCAAGGCGAUAACAUUGAGGUCGGGAACUUCCUAUAAAGGGCCAAAUGAAGGGGAUAGUGAGGAAAAGAAGGAAGGAGAGGAGAGUGUGAAUGAAAACAAGGGAGGUGAGAAAGAAAAGGGUGAUGAGAUAGAAGGAGGUUUGGAGAAGAAGAAGCUUGACAAUGAGAAGACAACUUCAAUUCCUAGUGAGGCUAGAAAUCUUGAUGGACCGGUUCCUUUUCCCGGUCGGCUUGCGAAGAGGAAGUUGAAUGACAAGUUUACAAAAUUUCUUAGUGUCAUGAAGAAUUUGCAUAUCAACCUCCCUUUUCUUGAAGUUGUGACACAAAUGCCAUCUUACUCCAAUUUCCUUAAAGAUAUUCUCACCAACAAGAGGAAGCUCAAUGAUGAGCUUAUCACCCUUCCACAUUAA